CAAGACACUACCAUUCCAGUUGCAAUUUACAAAUUUUAACAACUAAAUUAGUAAAUACAAGACAGCAGCAAAGAAGAAACAGGGUUUUGGUGAUGGCAAAGAGAUUGCUUGGUUCCCAGCUCUUUGUCAGCAGAUUGUCGUUUUACACUACUCCUAAGGACUUGAAAAGACUCUUUUCACCAUUCGGUGCAAUCACUGAAGCUAGACUUGUUGUUGAUCCAAAAACUCAGAGGCCAAAAGGGUUUGGGUUUGUUACAUUUGAAUCAGAUGUUGAUGCACAGAAUGCAUUGAAAGCUAUGAAUGGGAAGAUAAUAGAUGGUAGAUUGAUCUUUGUUGAAGUUGCGAAGACCAUAACACCUGAACAGGGAGAUGACAACGUUAAAUGAAGUACGUUUCUUUGAAGUCUCCAAAUUUCUGACAAAUGGGAGCCAAAUUGAACAAUUCCUGCAUCAUUGGUAGUAUUCACCAUUCCAGAAAAAUUACUAGUUGCUAUAACUAUUUCUGUAUGGUGAUCAUAUGUCUAGUUGCCAUAUCUUCCAUUUUGUAUGUUUUCAAUUCUUCACAUGCAAAACUGAGGUUUUCUUCAAAAAAUUUUGGGUCAAAUUUUUGUCU